AUGUCGACUUCCUUGUUGAAGAAAAGUUUACGACUGUUCGAGGACGACGAAAAGCGAGACAACUCUGUGAAAAAGAAAUCGUCGCAAAGAAAAGUUGAACGUGUUAUCCACAAAUCGCCUACCGCUAUUAAGAAGCAAGCGACUCUAAAAGACAGGAAAGUUAAAUCAGCAAUUGAAGUAUUUGUCAAGAAACAUCCCAAGCAAGAUAGAACGCUUGAGAACUUGGCCUUGCUUGAAAAGCUAUCACAGAAGAAGACCAUCACCGAGGAGUCAGCCAACAAGAUAUUCUCGUAUCAACUGAAAAAGCAACACAAAGCUAUCGAAAAGACACCUAAAAAGAAAGAAAAUUCUACUGUUUUUACUGAAGAAGACUUUCUUAAGUUUGAACAAGAAUAUUUUGUGAAGGCUUAA